AUGACCAGCAGGAAGAAAGAAUUAGCUUUGCAGAUGCUUGUCACUAAUCAGGAACUUUGGGAAGAAAUGCUGGGUUCCAAAGGAUUGAUUGUGGUAGAUGUUUAUCAAGGCUGGUGCGGACCAUGUAAAGCUGUAGUAAACCUCUUCAGAAAAAUAAAAAAUGAACUUGGUGAUGACCUCCUCCAUUUUGCUGUGGCUGAAGCAGAUUCAACUGAUGCCCUAGAGAAAUAUCGUGGAAAAUGUGAGCCUACGUUUCUGUUUUAUGCUGGUGGAGAGUUGGUAGCGGUUGUAAGAGGAGCAAAUGCACCAUUGCUACAGAAAAUCAUUAAGCAACAGCUAGAGGCAGAAAGGAAGGUCUUGGAUCAUGGAGCAGAUAGAGUGGUGAUCCAGGAUGAAGCCCUUCCUAAGGAAGAAGCAAGUCCUGCCACCGGAGGAGAGGAAGAAGAAGAUGGGGAAGAAGAUGGUGAGGAAGAUGAAGCGGAUUAA